GUCAGCAGACGCCGAAUGUUUACCCCUCGCACCCAGCUAUGUGGCCAGAGGAGUUUUGGAGUGGGUGGGCCCUGUGAUGAUGUGCUCACAAAGUCGGCACUGUCCAGACAGUCCUGUGCACACCUAGUCCCACCCCUUCUCUCACCCCUUAGCUGGCUACCUUUCCUCCCUUCCUGCACUCCCCUGUACUCUUCUCCUGCUCCUCUCGCAGGGUCAGUCACUCGGUCGAAGUCGCUGCUCAAGGAGUUUUGGAGACGCUCAUCCUUGGCAGCCACGAUGGUUCGCAGCAGCUGCAUCUGCACAGUCGUCCCGCUUGUACUCUUCAGCCUCUUGGUGGCCUUUGUGCGCACAGAGACAGUCGGCGACCCCGCCUCGACAGCCAGGGACAACCAGGACACCAUGUCUGGAGAGCCGCCCAGCGACGUCACCACCAGAGUCCCCUUCCAGGACGUGACGGAGCAGUCCUUCACCUACGACUACGAGGACGCCACACACUCCCACGCUUUGGACGAGGAAGGGGUUCUGGGCCCGGGGGCCAUCACAGCCAUAGUUAUAGCAGUGUUCCUGGGAGCGUCGGUCCUCCUCGCCCUCAUCGUCAUCACACUCAGGAAGUUCACCGCCUCCUAGAGCAAAUACGUCCUGUUUUUUGUGUAUGUGUGUGUGCAUGUGUGUGUUUGUACAGCGUGAGUGUCUGCGUGUCACUGUUUGUCUUUAGCAGCUCGUGUCAAUCCGUCAGCUCUGAACUCGCCCCUUGUGUUUGUUUCACAGCCGUCUUUUGCUUUGCUGUAGAUGCUGAACAUUGUGGCAGGUCCCUUAACUGACUAUUUACAGAUUUACUCCUGUAAACUCUCAAGUUGUUGCUCUACAUGCCCACUUGUUAGAAACUGGCUGGCUCUUCCAGUGCAAUCGUAGCCAUUUGAAUUUUGUUCCGCUUUACACAUUCCUUUUUCGAGAUCUUGCAUGCAUGGUUUGACCUUGUUUGUGGGCCUUUUGUUUUCUAGUAGUUUUUUUUUUUUUUCUUCUUUUCCUCAUGUGUUUUUGCUUCUAUUCGUCUGUGCCUAGUCAAGAAAUCUGAGAUUAAUGUUCCUACACAUCAACUUUUUAUUCGCCUUUCACAGUGAUUUUACCUUGUGUUCAAAUAGUCUCUAAAAUAUUCCCUCGGUGUCACCGUAUACAAGUUUGUAUUACACCAUUAACAAACAUUUGUGGAGUCAAAAUAAGAAGAGAACAUUUUUAUAAAAGGCUUCUUCAAUGUAUGAAUGUAAACAGUAGCAAGGUUAUUUGUACCUGCAGACCAAAUAUGAAGUUAGGAUGAAUGUGUGUUUGCACUCAAUUCAGUGUUUUUAGUAAAUUUUUUGGUUUUGUUUUGUUUGGAAGUUAUUUUUUUUCUGCAAGGGAAAAAGGAUUUUAGUAGAAUUAUUUUUUCUUUUUCUAUAUGCCCCAGAGUCUUCAGCCAUACAGCUGCAUGUUGCCAUGGUAAAGUCACUUGCCCAAUUUGAGCUGAACAAAUGAAUAAAUCAGAUGCCAAAUA